AUGCCGGGCAUAGGUCAAGACAACACCGUUAGCCGGUCUUUGUCCGAUACACCAAAUGAUGCCUCUGGGAGAACCGCCAGAGCCCUUCCGAACAGCCCUUUGGGGUCUGCACAGGGAACCGCCUCGCUACCGAAUAUUGUAACCUUUACGCAUGCGGAUAGCUUUGGAAGCAGAACAAGCCAGCGUGCACUUGGCCCAGAGUCCCCUCGAACAGCAGAUGGGGGCCGGCGAAGCCUUUCAUACGCCCUGCGACCGGAAGCAAAUGUUUACUACGACUCGCGAGCGGCAACACGCGAUGAAUGGAAACGACGGGACCGAACGCUACAAGACUACUAUGGAAACAAUCCUCAGCUCUUGCCGCAGCUGCCUUUUACGUGGCAUCAUGGAUGGAAGCGCUGGAGACUCUUUAUUUUUGCGAUUCUAGUAUUCAUCGAUGGUUCUCUAGUACCCAUCGUGCUGUACUAUGCAUUGAGAUAUGCUGGCCAUGUUCAGGGCUGGAUCAUCUUCGCUGUGGUCACGAGUAUUUGGGGCGGCCCAACAUACGUCGAAUUUGGCAUCAGAACCUGGCGGCUCAUGAAGAAGGAGAGGUUCUUCCGUCCACUGGGCACGAAUAGCCGCUGGUGCUUCGAUACACUGAACUGGGCAUCGGUGCUUACCAUCACCGCCGUUACGGCGCUCUUCAUCGUGGGCAGCGCGCCGCAUAUAGUUUGGCUGAGAGUUCUCUGCAUGCCAGCACCAGCCAUUCUGUACUGCCUUGGCGGCGUCCUCGGCCUCAUCACGCUAUUCAACUAUAUGAACUGGCGUGCCCCGUUCCGCCUCAGUUCCACUGGGAAAGGCGAAAAGGUCCUGCCGGGAGUGUACUAUUUCAUUGAAGAUGUCGUUGCCGUCAACGCCGGAGCCGGUAGACCAUACAGAGAAGCUUUUGCGGCCCGUUAUAAUGCCAGCCCCCGCUUCCGGCAAAUGCUGUUCAAGCAAUCUGUAUUCUGGUCCGUGCCUGCGCUUCUGUUGGCUGGCGCCCUCACCGUUAUUGCCGUCGUACAUGAAGUUCCAGCAACUGUUGCGUACGGAGUAUGCUGGGCCGUGCCAUUCAUAUGGUGUGCGGUCUGGGGCUGGAUUACAGUCAUCUGGUGCAAGCGAGAUAUGGUCCGCGAGAGAGUGGAGUGGGAACAGAAAUACCCUACUGAGAAACAUGAGACUGCAACAAACAAUAUCCCUUUAGCGGCGGUUUAA